CAUAAAUUAGUAUAUUAUAUGAAUUUAUGAACAUAAAUGAUACCUAUUACAUAGUAUCCACAUUACUUAAUACUUUAUUGUUCUUAUGAUAUUAUAUUUUAGAGAAAAAAGACGAUUUUUUAAGUAUUGAAUAUGGAUAUGGGUAGUAUUUGUAAGUUGUAAGUAUUGGCCUAAAUUCAUAAAUUUAAAAUGUUGAUGUUCUGCUCUAAACAUUUGGUUGUAGAAUUCAAAAAAUUGCACCCACACUUAACUUCCGCCUCUUUAAAUAUUAGUUAAGGAUUUCAACAAUAAGUUUUUAAAAUAAUUUAAUAAUUAAAAUUUUCUAUGGUAAAGUAUUCUUUUUUAAAUAUUUUAGAUUUUAAUUUCAACUACCAAAUGUCUGAAAAAAUAAUAUUUGUAGUAGACCCCAAUGUGUGUGAUGACAUUUCAGUUUAGAAUUAAUUGUAGAUAUUAUAUUUUUGGAAAUAUUUUCUAUUAUUUAUCAUCAUUAUUUAUCAUCAUUAUUUAUUUUUAUUUUUAUUAGUUGUACAGAAAAUCAGAGUAAGUAUGUUUGUCCCAAAUGUACAGCACCAUAUUGCUCUUUAUUAUGUUAUAAAUCUUCAAGUCAUUUAGAAUGCUCUGAAAUGUUUUAUAAAGACUGUAUUGAAGAAGAAUUAGAUAUUCAAGGUUCAGACAAUGCUAGCAAAAAAGAAAUGAUUGACAUUCUUAAAAGAGUUUAUGGUGAAAAUGAAGAAUCUGGUAAAUAUUUAAUUUUCUUAUUUUUUAUACAUAAAAUGUUACCAAAAAAUAACUAUAAAUUGAAUUUGAAAUGUAUAAUAAAUAAAUACUUGCGAUGGGAAAUAAAAAAACUUGUAUAAAUUGUAUUAUAUAAGAAUCUAAUAGAAUUAUUGUUACUGUAUUAUUAUAUUAUAAAAUAUAAUAAAUUGAUUUUGAAAUGUCAAAAAUUAAUUUUGUGUAAAUAUAUUCUUCAUUAGGGUUGCCCUUAUUUAUGAACGUGUUAAUUUUUAAUUCUGUAACAACCCCCCCCCCCCAAUUUGUUCAUUACUAUGAGAGUUAACUUUGUGUUAAAUUUGGUCAUGAUGUUAUGUCCAAAUAGAGUAGUUUUAUUAUUUUUUGCAUCAAAUUGAAAAAAUUAAGCAAAUAAUAUAAACAUGUAUAUUGCGUAUAUUAUAGAUUAUGAAAUUGUCUAUAAAAAAUAUUUUGAUAGUAUAUAACGGACCUUUACUUUUUUUCAUGAAAAAUAAUAAAUACCAAAUGGUUAUUUUUAUUUGAGAAAAUUAACUUAUUAAUGGUAAUGUAAAUAGAUUUCAUAAAUAGUUGAAGAUAACAUACAUUUUGUUUUUAUAAAAACAUUGUAAAAUUUAAUUUUCUACAAAGUAGAUAUUUUCAAGAUUAAUUGUGUUGAAUCAACAGUUUAUUAUUAAAAUAAAAUUUAUUGAAUAUUAAUUUUAAAAUACGAAAAUGUUGUCCAUUGAAAGUUUAUAAUUAUUUAUUUUCUUUUAAUUGUAUGAUUUUUUAUAUUUUUACUGUUGCAAUUGGGGAACUUUCAGUGAUAAUCUUGAAUUCUCUAAAAAAAAAUAAUAUACAUUAAUACCAAACUUAAUAGUUAAUAAUUAUUGAAGAAAUAUUUUACUUGUAACAAAAAUUGGUUUUGCUCUUCACUUAUUGUGAUUUUACUAUUAAAUUAUGGAUUUAUUAAUUUAUUAAUUAAAUUAAAAUUAAUUAAUUAAAUAUUUAUGUUUUGGGUUCAACUUUUAUUUUUCCACUGUUGAUUUUGGUAAAAAUGAAGAUUCUAUGAUUUGUUUAUGAUUAAUAUUUGCUACAUCCUCUCUUAUUAAAACUUCUUUGGUACACUCCUGAUUUGUAAUGUCAGAUUCUGGACAUAAGAAAAUUUACAAACUUGAUAAAUAAAACUUAAAGAUAUAUUUUUUUGAAUUUAAAAUUUACUUAACAUUUAAAUUAUAUAUUUAUCUUAAGUAUAUAUCUAAAAUAUAUUAGUCAUUAAUAGAUAACGAUAAUUAUUAAUUUAAUUUUAAUAUAUGUUAUAUAGAAAGUGAUUCAGAUGAUGAUGAUUUGACAAAUCUCAAUGAACGGUUAAAUGGAAUUGAUCUUGAUAAUUCUGAGGAAGUUUGGAAUCUAUUAACAGAUUCAGAAAAGGCUGAAUUUGAACACCUUGUUAAAUCUGGUGACAUCACUAAAAUUUUACCUGAAUAUACUCCUUGGUGGUGUUUACCGUUAGUAAAUUGAAAAUGUUUAUUUAAAUAGUAUUGCACCUAAACAUUUAUUUUAUUUUAGGAUUGAAAAACAAUUAGUAACUGAAGUUGGUGAAAAUAUUAAAGAUAAUGAGUUGCCAUCUUUAUUAACAAACAUUCCAAAUUUGUCUAUACUUUCGGUAAUUAAAUGUCUUUAUAAAUCAUAAUUUUUAAUGUAACAUAUUUAUUAUAUUUUUAUAAGUACAUUGUGUUAUUAAUUAGUUUAUAUAUAUUGUGUUUGACAUUUUGCCUGUAUUGAUAUGAUGAUGAAUUUUUAAUUCGAAACCGGUCUUAUAAAUCACUUAUCAUAAUACUCCAAGCAACACAUCCAUUCAUUUAUUUUUUUGUUUUUAUACAUACAUUUUUUAUUUAUAUAUUUAUUUACAAGUAUUAAUGAUUUUAAUAAUUUUGUUUUUACUUUAUUAUUUUAUUAGAUAAAUACUGUGUUAUAGAUAUAAUUACAUUUCAUUAUUUAAAAAUAUUAUUUCUAAAGAGUUCAACUGCAGUUAGUCUUUAUGCAAAGAGUCUAAAAAAGUCAGGCUGUUUGCAGAAAAAAAUGUUUAAUUUGAAACUGUGGCUAACUCUUUUCUCAAAAAAACUAAUCUCUCCAAUAGUUUACAACAUGUUCAUAACAUGGUUUUUAUUUGUGCAAUACAGUGAAACCUCCCUCAACAGACAUCUCAAAUUAGCAGAAAAUAAAUAACUUACACAUUUUUUGAUUUCGGCACAGCCCCGUUGGAAUUAUUGAACUGCGCUCCUUUAAAUAGCAUACACCUCUUAAUAAUGGACACAGACAAGUUUAGGUAGUCUAGGGAGCUUAAAUACCUCUAAAUAACUGAUAGCUUUACCAAAAAACAAAAACCUACUCGUAUUUUAUACAUAUAUACAUUGUACAUAUUAUAUGCUAUUUUUAUAUUUCUGAUAAAAACAUUUAUCUUUAUAAUUUAAUGGAUAUAAUUAGGAACUUAUGUAAAAUUAGUAAAUACGAACCUAAAUGAACGAUAGAUAAUGACGGAAAUACAUAUUAUGAUUUGUAAUAUACACAUAUAUAGUGUAUAUAUGCUUUAAUAAUUAAUAAUUGUAAUAAUAAUACAUAUGUAAUAGAUUAAUAAUAAAUCUUGAAUAAAAUGUUUUUUUAAAAAAUCAGUAAAACUUAAAUUUUUAUUUUGAUUAAUUUUUCCCAAUUGCAGAGGACAUUUUUUUAUAAUCUUAUCAGUGUCUGCUAUUUAGAGGUUUUACUAUACUUACAGAAAACAAUUAUUACUUAAAUAGUUGUAUGUUUAAUUGUAUACUUGUAUAAUAGCAUAGCAUAUGCAUGUGUACAUGAAUCAUAAACAAUGAAUAACAAUAAUGCUAAAAUAAAUUUUAAUUAUUAAUUAUCUUACUUUUUUUUAGAAAAAAUCACCUUCGGAAUUUAUUCAAUGGAAUUUAGUGAACAUUAUUACUCCGUAUGUGUUUUUAAUACGAUAUUACAAUGGUAAACAUAAAUCAUAUUUGUCUGAGUUUAUCAACGGACUUUAUAGUUUAUCGUCAAAUCUAUCUGUUAAUCAGAAUUUUGAUUCUUAUGACACAGCACUGAAAUCUGUGGAACUUAGCAUUCAAGAGGUAAUUAAUAUUAUAUUUUUGUUCUUUAUAAAUAAUACUAAAGCUCAUUAAGAUGAAUUCUUGUUUUUUUUUUAAUAAUCAUGUUAAGCUCAAAGUGAUUUAGAUAGAUUGGUGACAAUAAAUAAAAAUCAGAUGAGUCAUUUAUUUAAUUUAUAUGCUCAAUAUGUUGUAAUAAUUAUUAAACUUAUAAUUGUCCGUAUUAGCAAGUAUCAAUUUAAAUCAUAACACUGUUCACAAUAUUUGAGAAUUUCUCACAGUAAUUUGUAGGUGCAUGAUUUUUAAUUUAAUUUGCAUAUUAUUUAUUUUAAUUGUAAUAAUAUAUUAAAUAAAUGUUUCAGCAUGAUAUGUUCAAAGGUUUUAUAGGUUUUAGCCUUAUUAAUGACGAUUUGGAAACUAUAUUUAGUAAUGGUUUAGAUUCCAAUUGCAACUAUAACAUAAAAUUAGUUUUAUCUGAUAUGCAUAAUUUAAUGAACAAGUAUAAAAAUGAAAAAAAAAAAUUUGUAUCAAGUAUGUUAAAUGAUAAUAAUUUAAAGAAAUUUUGUUGAAAUUUCAUAACAAAAUUUGCAUUAUUUUAGAAAAAACAGAACAAGGAGAAUUUAAUAGAAAAUUUCCAGAUCCUGAAGCUAGUUAUUUCACACAUGUAGAUGUUAAGAAAAUACGAUUGUUAUUAAAAAAAAUUGAAUAUUAUUUUUCAUGGGUAAAUGAAAAUAAAUUUAAUUUAAUUUAAUAUUUUUUGUUUUAAAUUUAAUUUUCUAUACAUAUUUAGCACUAGAUAUGUAUACAUUUUUUGGUAAAUAAAAUUGUAUGCUGUAAUGUUUUUGUAAUUAAUUAUAAAUUAUUACAAUUGAUAUAAUUUUAU